GGGUCAGAAUUCCUGAGAAACAACAGGAGAAAGAGCUGGGGCACUGUGCCGUGAAAGCUGGUCCCUGAGAUCCACAGUGAAUGGUGUGGCUCUGAGGACUUCUGUCUGCAUAGAAAUGUCUUUCUCCUUGCUUGCCUUCUUCCCCACCCCUGGAUUCACCUGAGAUACUGCCUAGGUCUGCCCGGACUAUAGGUAUCAAGCCAGAGAGGGUGGCAGAAUCCAGAGAAAGAAAAGCAGAUUUUAAAAUGUGAAGUGUAGACAGAAACUCCAACAGGACAGCCUAGACCAUCUUUUGCAAUUGAAUCCUUAAUUCAGAGGUCUUGGGGCUCUCUCUCCUACCAUGUGGCCGCUCCUGUUUCUUGGGACCCUGCUUUGGGGAAUAUUGUGGUUCCUGCGAGACCGGCAAGUGCUACCCCCCAGUGAUGCCUUCAUAUUCAUCACUGGCUGUGACUCGGGCUUUGGCCGGCACCUGGCGCUGCGGCUGGACAGACGAGGCUUCCGAGUUCUGGCUGGUUGCCUGACACCCACAGGGGCAGAAAACUUGAAGCGGGCUGCUUCUCCUCGACUCUGCACCACGCUCCUGGAUGUCACUGACCCCCAAAACAUCCAGCAAGUGGCUGAGUGGGUGGGGACGAUCGUGGGAGAGAGAGGGCUCUUUGGGCUGGUGAAUAACGCAGGCGUCACUGGGAUCAUCGGUCCUACCCCGUGGCUGAAUCUGGAGGAUUACCGGAGAGUACUCGAAGUGAACACACUGGGUCCCAUCGGAGUGACCCUUGCCCUGCUGCCCUUGCUACAACAGUCACAGGGUCGAGUCAUCAACAUCACCUCCGUCCUGGGCCGUCUGGCUGCCAAUGGUGGGGGCUACUGUGUCUCCAAAUAUGGCCUGGAGGCCUUUUCUGACAGCCUACGACGGGACAUAGCUCCCUUCGGGGUACGGGUCUCUAUCGUGGAACCAGGCUUCUUCCGCACAGCAGUGACCAACUUGGAGUGUGUGGAGGGGACGCUUCAGGCCUCCUGGAAACGGUUAUCUCCUGCCACUCAGGCCAGCUACGGGGACAACUUCCUCCCCAAGUACCUGAAGGUACAACGGUUCAUCAUGAACCUGAUCUGUGACGGGGACUUGGGCAAGGUGAGCAGCUGCCUGGAGCAUGCACUGACUGCCUGCUACCCCCGCACAAGAUACAGUCCUGGAUGGGAUGCCAAGCUUCUCUGGCUGCCUGCCUCCUACUUACCUGCCAGCCUGGUAGACGCUAUACUCACUUGUGUUCUUCCCAAACCUGCCCAGACUGUCUGCUGAACCCAUUAGCCUGGAGGAAACUGAGGCACAGAAUGGAAAGCAAACACUAUAAACUAUAAUCACCACCCAAAUUGAGCUGCCCCAUCCCGACCUUUAUUCCCUUUCUGAGGAUCAAGAUGUUUUUUAAAAUAAUCCCUCCAGUUUUGCAAAUUUCCUUUCGAAAAAAGGCUGCCACAAAAAAAGUGGCCACCAGAGGGAGUGCCAGAUACACUCUCCCCAGGGUUGGAAGCCUUUAUUCCGGGCUCGAUGAGGGUGCACUUCAGUAGAUCAUCACUGGAUGUCACUCUUCAUUGCCAGUUGGGUCUUAGCCCUUCUUCAUUGGUACCCAUCCCCUGGUUAAAGCUGGACACCGUCAAGACUGGCAUGGUGGGGGGCAGUGAAUCUGGAAACUUCUCCUUCGGGUAGGAGCUCCCCUUAAAGGGCAUGUCCAGAAUUUUUGCAGAUCAGUUCAUCAGUGUCCCAGCACAGGGCACAGCCUAAUCAUGAUGCCACAGGCUCAGAGAGAAGAAGCUGGGCAUCAUUGAUACCAGGCCCUUGGCUCCCAUGGUAUCUUCUUCCCUCUUCCAUUCUCAGCUGCUCGUGAUUCACCCUACCACUCCCAAAACUAAAUUCCUGGUUUCCUCCCUAUCCACUCUCCCAUAACUACCAAGAGGGCAAAAGGACUGGAGGGCUGUGGGGACAUGAGUGCAGGAAAAUGAAACACAGGACUGUGAAGGGAGACAAACACCAGGCACGGACACACAAGAAAAGGGCCAUGGGAAUAGACUUGGAGAUGAAAAAGAAGGCAUCAUGUUCCAUGGGGAAAACCACUGGGUUUGGAAAUAAAGGACCCAGGUUCAAA